CAAAACAAACGAGAUCUCCUCCAGUAUCCAAAACACUUUAAAGGUUUUGACUGACCAGCUAUCUUCACAGUCCAAGAGAGUUCCAAUUACAGCGGCUGGGGAAGGACAUACCUGAGAAAAAAUGAAGGCUGUCAUUGUUUUCAUGCUGCUUUUUGCUGUUGUCUUCUGUAAGCCAGUGAAACGUUCGUCAAGCAGCUCAGAGAGCUCUGAAGAAAAGCCAGUCGCUCAGAAGUUUCAGGCCAUGCAAGUUGCUUCAAAAUCGAUUGUUGUCCCAACUGAGGAAAUUAUUGUUAAUGAAGAUGUUGAUGAUGACGAUGAUGACAGUGAUGAUGAUGAUGACAAAAUGGAUGAUGAUGACAAAGACGAUAGCAGUGAUGAAUCUGAAGAAACCACUACGAUCCCUCCUAUGAUAGACACCACUCAACUGCCCAUUACUGAAAAUACCCGUGGAGACAACAUGGGUUACUACGGCGACUACAAGAAAACCAUCUACUAUGAGAAAGAUAACUACAUUGAGAAGGAACCCUCUGCUUACAAAUUUGAGUAUGGAUCUGACAAGGAAGUGGAUGUGACCAACAAAAAGAUGUCUGACCUCAAGUUGUACAAGACUGUGCUUGACCAUGGAAUGGGUGCUUUCAGUGGUACUGAUGGUGAUGAGAUGAGCGAUAGCCAGCUGACAAUGGGUAGCCAACAAGCUGAACCAGAACAAGUUGACUUAAAGACCAGCACAAGUGCCAAUGACACCAAUGACUCUGCCUCCAGUCAGGAGAACAGUCCGGAGAGCAGUGAGGAGAGCAGUGAGGAGACAUCAACCAUGCCCGCCAACUCAAGCUCCAGCGACUCUGCAUCUCAGAGCGCUGAGUUCCCCAAAGCAGUUCUCGCUAAAUAAAUUCCAAAACUGCUGCCGACAGUGAAGAAUGCCAGAGUUAUGCCAAGCAUUUUAUUUCACUGUAUGUGAUAAUUGGCAGAAUGUAGUGUUAUUGUUCACUAUGCAUUUCCGCAGCUGCAUUUCUUUAUUACCUGUUAAAAACUAAGCAAAUCAAUUUGCACAUUUACAUUAAGUCCAUGUAAUAUAUUUUAUCCUAUCCUGUAUCGUGAUUUAUCCUUUAAUAAUAAAGUCGUUUUUUUCCAAAAAA